GUUUUUUCCGGUGCCGAAAUUCCUCAGCGGAUCAAGAUUCACAAAGCCAACCUAAUGUGAAAACAUGUCCGUCAAUGAGGUUUACGUGUUCCGGCCGUUCAAACUCAUCGCUUUGCUGUGUGUGUUCCUGGCUCUCUCUCUCGACAUUGUGGCACUGUGGAGUUCUGCGUGGGUUACAGCCGAACACUACGCGCUAUCCUUGUGGGAGUCUUGCAGAGAAAUCGAGGCGGAAUGGAAGUGCACCUCCACCCUCAAGUCUGACUGGCAGAUAGCCACUCUGGUGUUACUGUUGGCGGGAGCAUGUGUAACUUUGGUGGCGUUUCUCAUGGCAUUCAUCUCUCUGUGUAACGGCACACACAGAAGACACUACCGCACUGUCGCUGUGUUUCUCUUCACUGCAGUGGUUCUCCAGGCUUGUGCGCUGGUUCUCUACCCGAUCAAAUUCAUUGACGGGACGGUGCUGCAGACUUACCAUGAGUUUAACUGGGGCUACGGACUGGGCUGGGGGGCCACCAUCUUUAUGCUGGGAGGAAGCAUACUCUUCUGUCUCCGAACAGACAUGUAUGAAGACGCCAUGUACUGAGAUAGUUCCCUCUCUUACACACAUGCACGCACACACCCCACACACAGACACACACACUCAUUCAUUCACACACUACCACCCAUGACAGACGAGAUGUCGCUCACACCCACUUGACAUUGCUUGAAAUAAAUAAGGACAGCAGGAGCUAAAUUUACUCAGACAAAUAUAGACAGUA